AUGACAGCGGAGGAAAAGUACUCGAUUAGUCUUCGAAAGCUAGCAGUAGACAUGAAGCCAGUCAUUCGUGAAGGCGAAGCGAGGCCAGAAGUCUAUGAGGAAAUGAAGAUAAAAGAUGGACUCGGAACGCAAAGUCAUCUGCUAUUCUUAAUGCGACAUAUCGAUUCGAUAAGCGAGGAUGGGACCUUGCCCCCGUUCGAUGUCUUUUGGGAUGAUUGUCUCUACGAUCAAAAAAUGCCUGAAGUUGUCAUGGGUACAGAUUGGGGACUUGCGAGAGCAGUAAGACGACGAGUAGAGGAGGAGGGGAUAGAAAGGAACGCGACGAGUUCUCAAAGAGAGGUUAAGAGCGCUGGCGCUGGCGCUGACACUGAGGAUGAGGAUGAGGAUGAGGAUGAAGGUGAGGAUGAGGAUUGGGUUGAUAUUCAGGUUGGGGUUGAGGUUGGGGUUGAGGUUGAGGUUGAGGAUUGGGUUGAUACUUAG